AUGUCUCUUUCUAUCAGAUCUGCCGCCAUCCUCAUCAUCGGGGACGAGGUACUCAACUCCAAGAUCCGCGAUCUCAACUCCUACACGUUUGCCAAGUUCUGCUUCGCGCACGGGAUCACACUCAAGGCCAUCUCUGUCGUCGGCGACGAGGCUCUGGAAAUCGCUUCGGAAAUCAGACGUAUGUCUGCUAAGUACGAUUUUAUUGUCACUUCCGGCGGGAUUGGACCCACCCACGACGACAUCACCUACGAGGCACUUGCUACUGCGUUCAACCUCCCCUUGAGGCUCGACGAAACGGUCGUCAAACGCAUGAAGCAGCUUAGAUCCCAGCUGACCUUCGACCUCAAUCCAGAGCAAUUGGCCGCACAGUACCGUAUGGCGACCUUUCCUUUUGGCCCCGAAGUGAAAAACAUCAUCACCGACGAGUCGCUAUGGGUACCAGUUGUAGCGAUCCGCAACCAGGUGCACGUGUUGCCAGGAGUUCCACAGCUUUUCUCCCGCUUGCUCACAGGUUUGGGUGAUAUCUUGAAGCCACGCUUUCCCGACCUUUCUUCCCGUGAGUACCUUCGAUACUAUGUGAAAACCUCCAUAUCGGAGUCGCGCUUGGCGCCGUACCUUACGUCUGUACAGAACCAGUGGGACGCCACGUUGGCAAGCGAAGCGGUCGACGAUAGGAUCAAGAUCGGUAGUUAUCCGCAUAUGGGGUUGCGGAUCAACACGAUCAGCAUUAUCGGUUUGGUCAAGUUUAAAUCACAGUUACGGGAAAUCGUUGCGGGUGUGGUGGAGAACUUGGAAGGCCAGGAAAUUUCCAAGGAGGAAGAGGACCAGAUGAGUGUUGAUAUGACCGAGAUCAAAUUGUGA